AUGCCGAACGUUGAUAUGUCGCGACGGAACAAAAAGCCGAGAUUAUUGCAUGAGAACGAAAGGGCCCGGCUAGAAGAGUUUAUUGAUUCCAUUGGGUACUCUGCAAGCAGAUACUCCGAUUCGGAAUAUGAAUACCGCCACGUACAGCUGCCCAAGGCGAUGCUGAAGGCAAUCCCUAGGGAUUACUUCGAUGAGUCUAAGGGUACGCUGAAGCUUCUGUGGGAAGAGGAAUGGAGAGGGUUGGGAAUCACACAGAGCUUGGGAUGGGAACAUUACGAAGUGCACGAGCCGGAACCGCACAUCCUACUGUUCAAGUAA